UCCACUGUUCCACUUUUUGUCCCCCACACCCUGCCCUUCUCUCUCUACACUUUCUCUCUCUACAUGCUCUCCUCUCUCUCUCUAUCUCUCUUUCCUCAAUUUCCUGGUCCCUUCAACUCCUCGUCUUCCCCGCACCUUCCACACUAUAAACCAUCUCCUCUCGCCCACUUCCCCGAAUUUCCCCUCUUGAUUCCGUCGUCUCCACUCCCUCCCACCACUCUGCCCCCAUCGAACCAAGAUGCCUGCUUGGUGGUCGAGGAAAUCCAUCAAGUCCCGCGAAGAAACCCUACCCAGCCCCAAGACACCCCACCAGCAGCAGCAGCAGCAGCAGCAGCACCAUCACCACCGCCACCACUACAGUAAGCCCAAGAGCUUCGACGACACCUUGGCGAGGAAUUCGCCGCGGAGCGCCCGGGACUCGGGCGGCGGCGGGUUCGCGGGCUUCGAUUCCGAUGGAGUUGAGCGGAAGGGCCAUCCCCUGCCUCGGCCUUCCGGGCCCGUCGAGAAUGGUUCGGUCUCUGUCUCGGUCUCCAGCGUGAGCUCUUCCGGGUCUUCCGAUGAUCAUCAACCCGUUAAUGGCCCUGCCCUGUUCGGCGCUUCCAGAGGACUUGCGGACAUGAAGUCGGGCGAUAGGCCAAGAAGCCCUGGGCCCUGUUCAAGGGGGCCCACAAGCCCUACAUCGCCUCUACAUCCGAGACUGUCGGGCUUGAAUGUAGAUUCUCCUUCGGGAAGUCAGUGCCACCCGUUGCCUCUUCCUCCUGGUUCUCCGACUAGCCCUUCUGCUCUGCCCACUGUGAGAACUGCUGGGGUGGCUGAAAGCUCCAAUGGUUCUAUCUUGAGAUGUAAGAAGGGAAGGCUCCUUGGAAGGGGCACUUUUGGGCAUGUUUACCUCGGAUUUAGCGAGGGGAAGAUGUGCGCGAUAAAGGAAGUCAGGGUUUCUUCAGAUGAUCAGACAUUGAAGGAGAGCCUCAAGCAGCUUAAUCAGGAGAUAAAUUUGCUCAAUCAACUCUCUCAUGUCAACAUUGUCCGCUACUAUGGCAGUGAAAUGGGAGAGGAAGCGCUUUCAGUUUACCUAGAGUAUGUCUCUGGUGGAUCGAUCCACAAAUUACUUCAAGAAUAUGGUCCAUUUGAGGAGCCCGUUAUUCGGAACUAUACAAGGCAGAUUACUUGUGGUCUCGCCUACUUGCACGGAAGAAAUGUGGUCCACAGGGACAUAAAAGGGGCGAACAUACUAGUCCAUCCCAAUGGUGAAGUCAAGUUGUCUGAUUUUGGGAUGGCCAAGCAUAUAACAUCAUGUUCGUCGAUGCUUUCUUUCAAGGGAAGUCCCUACUGGAUGGCACCUGAGGUGGUGAUGAACAUUAAUGGUUACAGUCUUGCUGUCGAUAUAUGGAGUCUGGGGUGCACGAUUCUUGAAAUGGCAACCUCGAAGCCCCCAUGGAGCCAGUAUGAAGGGGUGGCUGCUAUAUUCAAGAUUGGGAACAGCAAAGACAUGCCCGAGAUUCCCGAUCACCUGUCGAAUGAGGCGAAGAGUUUUAUAAGGCUGUGCUUGCAGCGGGAGCCAUCGGCGCGCCCCACGGCAUCAAAACUGCUAGACCAUCCUUUUAUUAGGGACCAAGCAACAAUUGGUGCAUCUAAUAAUAACAUCACCAGAGAUUCUUUCCCUUCUAAGUUCGAUGGGAGCCGGACACCACCGCCAGCUCUGGAGCUUCAUUCAUACAGACCGAGUGCAACUCUUGAGAUGGAUUACACAUCAAAGCCGGUUCACAUGGCCUCUAGAGCCUUGAGAAGCCCGAGUAGGGAAACUGCAAGGAUGAUAACGUCUUUGCCGGUAUCUCCGUGCUCGAGCCCUUUGAGGCAACAUGGAACGGCCCAGAGGAGCUGUUACCUCUCACCCCCUCACCCAAUCUACUCCCCGACGCGACAAACUGGGUUCACGUUAAAUGACUACUCUGUGUUUUCCUUGAGACCAAACACAAAUAUGGUGUACAACAGCCCCGAUGUUUUGCAUGAAGCUUCGCUCUUUAGAUCCCAGACGCCCGGCGGGUCCCCGAGAACAAGAAUCAUUUGAGAAGGCACAGUAUGACUUGUGGAGCGGGGGAUAUGAUUUGGAGUGGAAAAUUCAGCUGGGAUCUUACAGCCCAUUGGGUCAGGUGAAGCGAGUUCUGGAGCUUCGAGAGAGCGCAAGAGGCAGCUCCUACUAGUAACACCGGCUGCAGUGGAUUUACAGUGUAAAAAGAAAAGGUUGGAAUGGAAUAUGAUUAGAGCGAGGAAGAAGUGUUCUGCCAUAUUCUCAAAUCUUUGUAACAAUCUGUUCAUAAGUGAAGCAAGAAAAAGAAAGAAACAAAAAUAUUCAGGUAUAGCAUCUUUCGUGUAACAAAUUUUUGUGUAGAAUCUUUCUAAUGAUGAAAUACCUUGUAGUCCAAGAAACAUAAUCGGUUGAUUUGGUGACUCGGUGAAAAACUGUGCGACUCUUCGCCCAACUUCCGGGCGUAAUUCUUGUUCAA